AUGGCUGGCGUAGCUGCUGCUGGACCAGGACCACCAACACCAACCGUCCAACCCUACACGCUGCGGAAAGAGCCGGCGCCAAAAGAAGCCCGUGAAACCAAAAGCGAUCCCGAUCCGCAGGCGCCGCUAGGAAAUCCAGCUCCAACCAGAAAUUCACGUGCAGCAGAGUCAAAAGCUAUGGGGGGUUCUUCCGGCGAGCACUAUUCAAAUCACACACUUCGAGGGCACGAUGACCAGGCAACACAGACAAUGGAGUCCAAGCAAGAAAAACCAGAAGUCCAGAACGAUGUGUCCAUGUCCUUUCAGCACUGCAAAUGUGGAAGUAACAAGGAGAAUUGCAAUAGCAGAUUAGCAGCUCCAGAUUUUGAUGGCACAGUUGUUCAGCUUCAGCAUGAAAGGAGAGGAGUAGCGCACCCCUGCAUCUGGGCACAGCCGCACAGGUGA